GAUGUCGCUCUGUUCUGUAAAUUCGUUGGCGUUUAUUCAUAAAUUGACGGGGAUCCCGAAUUUAUGAGGAAAUUGAGUCGUUUGUGAAUGUCGUUCUUAUUGUUUUUAUUAAUAAUUAGUUAAGCAACAAAAGACAAUACAUUUAUGAAUAAUAGUUAAAAGUAAUGAAAAACAACAAUAUCGCUAUGUAUAACUUGAUAAAAAUUUUAUUAGUUAUAAUAUUUUUUGGCUACGUAAAUACGGCAAUAGUAAUUGAGUUAUUCAAUGAUAACACUCUUCGUCAACCUGAAGUUCCGAGUGAUAUUAAAACUCCAAACCAAACUUAUGAAGACGUCGCUCUUUAUAAAUUUUUAAAUGCUGAAUAUUAUGGAAAUAUUGGAAUCGGGAGACCAGCUCAACAAUUUAAAGUUAUUUUUGCCACAACAUGGUCUGAUUCAUGGAUACCCUCUCAACAUUGUGGAUUAUUUGAAAUUGCUUGCAUGAUUCACAAUCGAUACGACGGUUCGAAAUCUUCGACGUAUAAAGAAAAUGGAACUAGUUGUAAUAUUGAAAGUAAAUCUGAAAGUUUGAGAGGCAUAGUUUCAAUUGAUCAUUUUCAUCUUGCUCAUUUAAAAGUUGCUAAUCAAUUAUUUGUAGAGAUGACUCAUAUGUCCACAAUUCCAUUUGUGAUGACAAAAGCCGAUGGAAUUAUUGGUCUUGGUUUUUCGACUUUAAGUCAUUGUACUCAAAAACCAUUUUUUUAUAACAUGCUUGCACAAAAAAUUAUUAAAAAACCAGUGUUUACAUUAUAUUUGAAUCGUGAUGAAACUACUGAUAGAGCAGGUAAUUUAAUUCUUGGAGAAGUUGAUCGAGAUCAUGUUGAUGGAAAUUUAACAUGGUUACCCGUUAUCGCUAAAAAAUACUGGAUGUUUAGAAUUGACCGACUGGUAGUUAAUAAAACUCAUUCAUUUUGUACAACGUCAUGUAGAGCUGUGUUUGAUACCAGUGUAAAUACGAUAACAGGACCACAGAACGACAUUAUGAAAAUAAAUAAUUUAUUAGGAGCAAAAGAAAUUGUGAAAGCUUGGCCCUAUAGAUACAUGGUUGAUUGUCGAACAUUUGCAAAAUUACCACGCGUUUCAUUUGUUCUUGGUGGAACUGAAUUUGAAAUCGACUCAAAGUAUUAUAUUCAGCACUUGGUUUACUAUGGGAUGCAAAUAUGUUUAUCACCAUUUAUACCAAAUACUGAGGAUUUAGAUUUUUGGUCAAUCGGCGGAGCAUUUUUAAUGCAAUUUUACACUGAAUUUCAUUUGAAUGGAACGAUUGCUUUGGGCAAAACAAAAUUUUAAAUUAAAAAAGAAAAAACUCAAUUUUAUAUUUUUAAAUUAAUGAAUAAUUUUUGUAUACAAACAAAUAAUUUUUUUUAUAAUUAAUAAAAAUAUAUUUACUCAUAAAAUGUCUAAAUAAUAAUUACUUUU